AUGUCUGACAAAGGAGCCUUUGAUACCAAUGUGUUGACCCUCACCAGGUUUGUUCUGGAGGAGGGCAGGAAGGCCCAUGGAACAGGUGAGCUGACCAACCUGCUCAACUCCAUCUGCACGGCUGUCAAGGCUAUCUCCACCGCCGUGAGGAAGGCUGGCAUUGCAAACCUAUAUGGCAUUGCUGGAAGCACCAACGUGACAGGCGACCAGGUGAAGAAGCUGGAUGUGCUGUCCAACGACCUGGUCAUCAACAUGAUCAAGUCCUCCUUCACCUCCUGCGUGCUGGUGUCAGAGGAGGACGAGAAGGCCAUUAUUGUGGAGCCAGAAAAACGGGGUAAAUACAUUGUGUGUUUCGAUCCACUGGACGGCUCCUCCAACAUUGACUGUCUAGUGUCGAUUGGAACGAUCUUCGCCAUCUACAGAAAGACCACAGAUGAUGAACCGAACGAAAAAGAUGCUCUGCAGUCUGGAAGAAAGAUUGUGGCUGCGGGUUAUGCUUUGUAUGGCAGUGCCACCAUGAUGGUCCUUUCCACCGGCCAAGGAGUCAACUGCUUCAUGCUUGACCCAUCCAUUGGUGAGUUCAUCCUGGUGGAUCGAGAUGUGAGGAUUAAGAAGAAAGGGAAGAUCUACAGCUUGAAUGAAGGAUAUGCACAGCAUUUCAAUCCGGAUGUGACAGAAUACCUCAAGAAGAAGAAAUUCCCAGAGGAUGGCUCUGCCCCAUAUGGAAGCCGAUAUGUUGGUUCAAUGGUGGCUGAUGUUCACCGUACAUUGGUGUACGGAGGAAUCUUCCUGUAUCCUGCCAAUGAAAAGAGCCCCAAGGGGAAGUUAAGGCUGCUGUAUGAGUGCAACCCCAUGGCAUUCAUCAUGGAGCAGGCCGGAGGCAUGGCCACGACUGGAUCCAUGAAUGUUCUGGACAUCCAGCCCACCAAUAUCCACCAGCGGGUCCCGGUGGUCCUGGGCUCCCCUGAUGACGUUCAGGAAUACAUCUCCAUCUUCAAGAAGCAUGCUAAAUGA